AUGACCGAUUUGUAUGUAUUUCUAUUGUUCCUUUCCUGCAUUGGAUCGACUGUUCAUGGACAACCUAAUCCGUCCCUACGUAUAUUUCGAAACAAGAAUGAUCCAGAUGACGACAUUCAGCUGCCUUCUGUACAAAGCGAGUGUCCCACUACAGAGACUCCCCUUUGCGAUAAAUAUAAUGCUCGACGGUUCGAUGUCUCUGAUUCCUGCUUGUGUCAAUGCAAUCAACCUUCAGGGAGUUACACUUUCUUCGAACCGAACAACUCUUGCAUAAGAGUAAGCGAGGCUCGUCAGCAAGCAGGUAAGAAUUGUUUUUGUUUUGUUUGCCGUACUCAUUAUCAGAUAGAAGUCUGAAAAUCGACGUAAACUAUUAAGUCUGUUUUAUUUAAUAGGAAAAAAGGUUAGGAAACUUUUGCCUCUGUCUAUUUUCAAAAAUAAUUCUCGAAUACUGAAAGCUUUGAAUUAAAGCUUUAAUUAAGGUGUUGUUCUUUUCAUUCAAAGUCUGGUUCCAAGAGGCCGACAAAGGCUAGGAAACUUUUCUCUUUGUCUAUUUUCAAAAAAUAAUUCUCGUUUACCGAAAGCUUUGAAUGAAAGCUUUAAUUUAGGUGUUUUUCUUUCGAUUCAAAGACUGCUUCCAAGAGGCCGACAAUUUUUCUUCUAAGGUAGGAUAAGGUGCAGUGGUUUCGUUGUGGUUUCGGAUCUUCCCUUUUUUUAUGGUAAAUUGAUGGUAUGUAUAUGUAAGAUUUUGUUUUCCGUUACGUGUCACUUAACAGGUUAUUAAGUUUCUUUCAACACCGCGUUCACAUAUUAACCGGUCGCUAACUAAAACAAAUGUUCCAACGAAUUCCGCUUUUUGCCGUUCGUAGGAUCGAUUAACACAUAAUCACUUCAAUAAAGUGAUACACGUGAAAAGUGCAACAACUGUUGAUCAACAAACUUUUUAGCUCUUGUUGGGCGUUAAGCCGAGUAGAGCUCAUCCCGGCUAUUUUCGUUCAAUCGGUUCAACAUUUCGUUCAGCUUGUUUGAUCGAUGGCUUAUAUCAACAAUUAACCCCCCUGAGCUUUAGCACUAAAACAAAGAAAAUAAAGGGGAUACACGAGGCAAGCAAAAAAUUUUUUAAACUUGGUAUGGUUCGAACCAACAAUCCUCGGAUUGGAUCUACCCUCGCUCUACCGACAAAUUACAAGGCCUUUCUGUAGCAAGUUAAGGGUAAUCAGUUUUAAUUAGCAUGCGCAAUGAAUCGGCAUGGAAUACACAUUGAUAUUUAACCGACAAAUAUUAAUUUAGAAGAGCAGGAUAAAUUUUUGUACGAUAAUUAACUGACUUCGCUCCCUGAUUUGUUCAAAACUAUGGUCCAUAUCUUUCUAUAAAAAAAAGAACAUAAAUUGACAGAUAUUGAGUAUAAUCAAUAUUGGAUGUAACAGAAUUUGUUUUCCUCUCUCUUUCGCACAUCUUUUUUCUCAAAAUUUGGCCGAAUUCGCUUGCGGCUCGUGGUUCCAAUUGACUUUUGAACUAUUUCUACGUCAUUUAUAAUAAUGCCAAAAACGCAGCUAAGAGUGUUAACCUCUUUUCAGUCCGCAUAAAUGAUAAAUGGGACGCAAAUGAGCCACGUGUAAAGACUUAUGAAAAUUUAGCCAUUUCUUUGACACUUGAAAAUCAAGAGAAUUUCUGGCAAACCCGUUUACUGUGACUACCCUGUGUGCAGCCGCCCUGACCGAUUAGGAUUGCGAUCACUAGUGACACAACCUUUAUGCUUUAGGAACAAUUUAUUAAUUCCUAAAAGAUUAUUAUUCGGUGUUUUAUAGGUAAACACAGAUCCUCAGCAAUGCUUGAUUUGUACCAGUUCUAAAAUAAUCCCUAUUACGAAACGAAGCUGUGUUAAUAGAGUUCAUAUAAAAUGACGCUAUUCAUUUUAGUCUAUUUGCCUUAAAAAGACAUUGAUAAAGGAGAGUAUAUUAAAAUGAUUUUAAAAAAUGUACUGACUGCUAAGAAUUUUUUCAUAUUUCUUCCCCCUUUCUUGAACCACAGGAUGCGACUUGCUUUUUACCGACGAGACAGUAACUGGCCAUAUAACGUUCUUUUCCCCAAAUGGUCCAAAUGAACCUUCAAAAUCCAUCGGUCUUCCGACCAACAAGACUUGCAGCUUUAACUUUUUGGGAAAACUUUAUGUUCAAUACCUGGACUGCGCUGGGGACUGGAUAGAAGUACCAUCAGACGAAGUGAAAGCUGACUGGGAGCUUACAACUGGCUGGGCAACAAAUCAGUUACAAAUAUUGGUAAGCACAGAAAACAAACAGCGGCUGAACCACCACUCUAUAGGGGCAGCAGAAAAAUAAAUGAACCUCGUCUCUCGACAGUUUUAAUGUUGCUGUGGGUCCUCUUAUUGUACUCAAAUAGGGAAACUUCAGAGAACAGAAAAAAAAAUCCACACCCCUCUCCCCUCCCCUCCAUUCAAAGUCGUUUUCUACAGGUGGCUCGAACAGCGGGACAACAUUACAUGGAGGGGAUGGGAGAGGUCAAGAUUUAAUUUCCCCUUUCGAAGACGAUAAAAGGUCAGAAAGUCCCUUUAAUUAGGGUAAAGUGUCUUAACUUAUUUUGUUGCCGAUUAUAGGUACUGUGAUAUUGAUGUGACCAAGUGCAACAUCGUCAAUUUAAAAAAGAGUUUCAUUUACACGACAACAUGAAAAUUAUGAUACCCGUCUAGGAUCUUCGCACUUGAAAAUAGAACUCGGAAAUGGCCAAUUUAUAUUUAACUAUGCUGAGCGAUUGCAACCGUUUUAGUACAAAUUCGUUUGCUAUACCAAAGUACUCUGGCUCGCUUAAAUGGCAUUUCAUUUUUAUGCUAGACGCGUGUAACGUCUGACACUUUAAAGUCCUCUGUUAAGCGCCACAGAACGGCCUAUUUUGCACCUAUUUAUCGUUCUUACACUAGACAUUUAAGUUGUCUUAAAAGGACUUCAACGUCACAGACGACUUUAAGGCCCGUAGUACAAAAACGGCCAUAAAAGAUCUCUAACUGUUUCGAUUUGUCCAAUACACAUAUCACGGACUAAAAGAUGGGUAUGGAAAUUUCCAUCGUGAAAACAAUCCCGUGAAAUAAUUCCGUGCUGUAUUUUCUCAAACAGGUCAAAAGAAAUAUUUCAAAUUUUAUGAGCUUAACCAGGGGAAGGAUCUUCAGAGUAGCAGUUCAGUGUCGUGAUCUUAACAGCAGCAACCACGACGUAGGAAACACCACAUGCGCUAUGUUCAAAGUGGAAGCCGAAGGAGGAAUUUAUCUCUGUAAGAAAAUUCACAUUUGUGCAACGUGGUUCAGACUACUAUCAACGACUCACUUUGGAGAACUGGUUACAACUACAAACUUAGAACAAACGCCACUGAAUCGUAGUCAACAGUACAAACGACUUAUUGACUGAAUCAAGCAAAACUAACUACGAGAGAACGACUGGACAACUGACAACUUCACUAGCAAUAAACGACUGUUUAACUGUGACAAUUCUAUUUAUAGACGGAUCGAAACGCACCAAUGACAUUACGAGUCUUUAUGGCUAAUGACAUGACCGCCUAACUGACAGGUCACGACUUCUGUUAGUGACAUGUCGAAAACAUCCCGUAUGUCCCUUUCCCAGUGCCUUCUCGGUCUUCCUCUUUCUCAUCUCCCAUCUAUCUUUCCCUCCAAGAUGACCUUACCCAAGCCCUCACUUCUUUUCAUAAUUAUGGCCAAAAUACUUCAGCUCUUGUUUUUUUUUAUAAAGAUCUCUAACCAUUAAGUUUCCACUUUGAAUUCCUCCCCAGUUGACUUAAUUGUUCUGUGCUACGAUCACGAUAUUUAAAAUUUUCCCAUAGUACCUCAUUUCAAAAGCGUUAAUUAAGGCUGUUUUUCCAAGUAUCCAUGUGCUCACAGGCGUAUGUAGCGAUGAGGAAAACGUAUGUUCUCAAAAUUCUUAGUUUCGUUUCAAUAGAAACUAACAAUUUACAGAUGACUACUAGCUGUAAUCUGAGAAAGUCAAUGUCAGUGACUGGAACAUUUUAUAACUUUCAUUGUGAUAUAGCUGGAAAUGUUUUCCCAACAGCGUGCAUUCUCAUUGGUUACUUCAAGGUUACAUAACAUCUAACAAUGAAGCUGUUUCCCGUUCCCACCAAAAUUUCUGAGCGGGCAACAUUGCAAACUAUAGGACAUCAGAGGGUAACAGUGCACUGAUACCCGCAAAUGUUGACCGACCACCACCAUUACAGGGAGGUUUAAUGAAUUUCCAGCUUCAAAAUUUCCAGUUAUAGAACAAAUCAAGACUGGUCCCUCGGGAAAUAUUGAGAGUCUCGGGAAACAAAGUUAACUGUUUCCCUCGGGACCAGUGAUUAAGUGUUUAAUCUUUUUUAGGUCCAUUUCCUCAACCAGCUUCAUCAGGACAGUCAGCUACAUUACCGCCACCAACAGUGGAAAUAAUAAAUGCCACUGGGGGGACACUACGUCCCCCACCCACCUCUACAGAACAACUAUCGUCACAAAGCACUGGAAGGGUCACAAGUGAAGUAAGUAUCUGAAGUCCAUGAAAUUGAACAUUCUUCUUCCUUUUGUGACCAAUAUCAGGGUGGCUAUUGUACUCACUGCAUUUAAUCAAAAAAGUGUGUAGAGUGGUAACUGUUCCUUGGCUAUGCUAAACUAAUAUAUUGACUCUGGUAAAAGGUGGCAAUUUUUUUUUCCAAUUAACUUUUAAUAACCAGGGGUAGAAAAAUGGAUUGUUCACUAAUAACAAUUUUGAAUGAAUGUUCCAGUAUGACAUUAAAGCACGUUAAAUGGUCUCAUAAACACUCCUUGUAUUGAAACCUCAAUAGCCAUUGAUAGGUACACAAUUGACGAAUGAAAUUAUUGUUUUUAGUUACAUCUCAGACAAUUUCCAGCCAGAGGUUUUGGUGGAUUUAAAUGAUUCAAAGUCAUCAAUGAUUCAAGUCAGAGAGAGCAUUUUGCCCCCUUCUCCCCUCCCCUUCUUCUUUGGGGAGUUUUUUCUCUCUCUCUUUUUCUUUUUCAUUUGUUGAUAACUAUUUUCACUUGUUUAUAGGAAACACCAUCUCCUCAAACAACAACUCAGGUGAGUCACUUGAAUAAUUUUCAGGCACUGAGCUGGAAAUACAUUCACUACAUUUCAUCUUCCAUUCUGUAAUGUUAAUAAUUUAAAGUUUACAGGAGGUCUCCUUUGAAUAACAGAGUGAAAUGAAAAUCAGCAUUGCAUAAUUUAUAUUUUUUUUAAUUAAUGAAAGGAAUUUUUAUUAGUCUUUGAAGGUAAGAUGGUAUAUCUUUUCGUUGUGACAAGCCUAGUAUAUUCUUUAUGGCGGUAUAACAACAACUCUGUAAUUUAUGAAAACGAGGCCAACACGUGACCGUUUACAACGUAUCAAUAUUGACAAAUAUUGUCACACAAGUGGUGGGAGGAGGGGGCAGGAGAGUAGCUUUCAAAUUGUACAGGCCAAUACAGCCUAGAUCAGGGAAUCACUAAUCUCCUUUUGCCGUCAACACCCAUGUUUAUAGUUUAUACAGUUUUGCUUAUCCGAUUGGUUAAAUAGUUAUUGUGUUUUAUCAUUUUGUAGACGACGCCGAGCACCACAUCAAAGGUAGGUCCUAUAGUAAUGCAUUUGGAGCAUAAAAGUAUAAAAGAGUAUAAAAGAGUAUAAAAGCAGCUUAUUUAGGGGAAUUGAACCAGCUAAGACAGGAAAAAAAGGCCAGUGAUUCAACAGUUGUUCAUAGUAGCAUCCCAUCCCACAACAAGAUUUGCCAAUCCAAAGCCUUCCGAAUUUAAUCAUUAUGAAUUAUCUAUCAUAAAAUUUAUAAAUGCAGAGACUAACAAUCACUUAUACAUGCUGAUUUUGCCAUGGCUUGCUAAUUCAUUCAAUAACUUUGAUUUAAAAUUGCCGCAUAGAAAAUUACAAACAAAUGUAAGAAAAUUUCCCUUACCGCGUAAAAAAUUGUCCUCUUGCCUCUCAACCGUAACUUUGUUCCAUAUGUAUGUCAUUGUGUCUCCCUUUGGACAGUCUAUUUUCCAAAUAUACUGCGGACAGCGCCUUCCCAAAUUAAAGCCAUUGGAAAUUUGUUCUUUUCAUUCUCACUACGGCACAAACAGCCAAUAAGAAGUCCAAAUUGCUAGUGUUUCAUUUGAAGUCCAAAAUUUCGAAAAUUAUGGCCAGAUGCUGUGGGUCGUUUGACGCCAAUUUAACGGGGUUAAUAAGCCAUUCUUCGCAUUUCACUGCACAAACACAAUACGAGGAAAGACGAAUCGCCGGUUUAAAUAUCCUUGGCCAGUAAAAGCUAGAAAUACGGACGAAAAGAGGUUUAUAGCUUUCCUCGUCAAAGAUCGAAAUCGAACGCAUGAACUGCCAUGUUGGUAGUGUUCAACUUUUAUUUAGCUUACACAAAGGGUUGAAUUUCAUUUAAAAUCCGCUGUACGGCUCACUGGUGAGUUCUUUUGCGUGACAACGAGGAUUUAUUUGGGAUUUUGUUGAAAGUUGCUAUUUUUUAUUUAAGUGUGUGUUAGAUACAAUUAUUAGCACUUUUGAAGGAAUAAAUUAUGUUUUUAAUUAACUAUAAAUUAUAUUAACCCAUUCGCUCCUGGGGAUUUUGCCGAAAAACGCGUUUUGAAGCUAGUCGAGUGGUUUUCUGGUCACUGUCGUGCUAUAAAGAGCUAAAACUUACCACAAACCGGUUUACAGGUCGUACACUUGGCGGCCUUCUGAUCCAGAUGCAAAAUAUCAGCUUGCGAAGUUCGGGCAUGCGCAGAAAGCAAAAUUUCGACAUAGUUUUUGGGUUUAAAAGUGACACAGCAGUCUUGACUUUUACUUUUCGCUUUCUCUCUUCCCUUCUUUUUUCGCUUUUCUUGCCUCAUUUUUUUUUUCUCUUGCUGGGCAUUUAGUAGGCUUCAUUUUGGUGGGAAGAGUUUUUAGGAAAGCUUUUAGGAUCUUAGGAUUAGGUGAAAGGAAAGGUAGGUGGGUAAUGGAACAAGAUUUUCAUGGAGAUUUUCAGGUCCUUGUCACGUGGUUUUUUGCUUCUUUCUCCGGUGUCCUUGACUGAAUUGUGCUCAUUCUGGUAUGGUUUGAAAGAUCUCUUCACUCUGCACAAGUUAGCGAAGGAAGUUGUCCUUGACCGUUAAAACUGAUGACGUCACAAAGGGUAGAAAGGACCUGGAUCCGCAGGGGCGGUUACGGGCGGUUCAGGGGCGAAUGGGUUAAACUUAGGAAGAGAAAGGUCGCGUUAGUCCGUGACUGUAUGAAAUUGGCGGGGAGUUUGAAAACACAGGCAAAACUCUAUUAUUGCAAACGAUGUAAAGAAUUUUACUGUUUAUCACUGGACAUUUUCUUAAUAGGGCACAACUCAAGGGAGCCCUAACUUGAAUGCCCAGACUGGAACCAAGAGAAACACCUUCAUAAUAACAGGAGCUGUAGCUGGCGGUAUUCUGUUCAUCGCUUUGAUUUUUCUUAUCUUAUGGCGCUGUAACAACCCCAAGUAAGAUUCAGUUUUAACAAAUACAUACAACUUAUAAAGCGAGAGUGAGGUCAUUACAGGGAAAUCUCAGACCGAGGCCUGAGAUUUCCCUGUAAUGACCGAACGAACGGAACGAGGUUAAUAAGGGUUAUUAUUAAAAAACUGCCAAGUGUCACGCCUAAGGCGUGAUUGUUACGCCUGCGGAUCGAAAACUUGGAUCUCACGCCUACUCACGCCUGUGUUCCGAUUUGUCACGCCUGGCAGAAAAGUUUGAGCCAUUACAUCAUUAACUGACACAUUUUGAAAAAUAUAUUAACUAUUUAAACAAACCAGAACCAGAGAGAGACAAGAAAAGUCUAUGUGGAUGAUCGACUUUCUCCGAAUUCUCUUUUUUCAGUAGGGAAGUCAAUGUUCCUUUGUGUUCCUGUGUUCGUGUUGGACGGAACUCUUCGUAACAUCUUCGGAAGUCUUCGGAAUGUCUUCGGACAUCUUCGUAUAUGAUCGGACCCCUACGAAAAAUCUUGGCACUCUUAAGAUAAAAAAUCUCACUCCUAUAAAUGUAAAAAGGUUGGCAGGUACACAAUAAGAUGGCCUUGUAAUUAUAGAACUGAGCCUGAAUUAAAUUAAAAUCAACAAUUGGUCAGCGGACAACUUAAAAAAACGUCAAACAGUCAGGUGAUACUGGCCAGCGGAUACGUAUACCCUUUAAUACAGCUGUCAAUUGACCAUAACACUGAUGCCCAUGAGAAUGUCCACGUACUAUCAAGUUAAACACAGAUUGUAAAUGCCUAAGACACCUUGCUGGUAAUGCCAAGCCAUUACAUGAAAACAGCCAAUCCAAGCGCGCCUAGUAUUGUAGCCACAUGAUAAAUGUAAUUAUUUACCAUCAUUAUCAAAUAAAGGUGGUCAAUCCAAUGCAAGGCAAUCCAAAAAAGUCGUGGAUCCUAAAUUCUACCCUCUGCAUUCCGGACUUCAGGUACUGGAUACCCGACUGAGAUUCCUUGUCAGUGGGAUUCAAUCAUCAGCGGGAUUCCGGAUUCCUUGAGUUAACUUCUGGAUUCCAAAGCCCAGGAUUUCGCAUUCCAUGAAACAAUUUCGCCAGCAGUUUUUGAUCCCAGCAGUUCCAAAAGCAAAAAAUUCCCGGAUUCUUGAAAUCGGAUUGCCUCACAAAGGCAGUGGGUAUGGUACAAUAAAACCUAAGAAAUAGUAUUCGGUCUCUUGCAUUGGAUAUAGGUUUUACUAGCUGAUUUCAAUAACUUGGAUGACACGCUUUCUUUCAGAAUAUAUUGCGCAUUUUUGACAACGAAAUAUCGUUGUACACAAUGUAUCAAUCGUAUGGUUCUUUCCGACCUAACUAUUAAUAUUGUGGAAUGUUGAACUAUUAAUUUUACAGAAAGCGGGAUCCUCCCCAUCACCGUUUUGAAGGUAAACACUUAAUACAUGUAAAUUUUUUAAACUUUGUAUUUUCAUUCAAUAAUACCCCCUAGUAAGCGUUAUCUGGAAGUCUAACGAAUUACACUUUAAAGUAAUCCGGAAUUUUCCCGAAUAACUGACCGCAUUUUGGAAAGAAUUUUAGGACUGGAGCUAUAUAAGCAUGUAUAGGCAACAACGUUUAUAUUUUUCCACUAGAUGAGACAAGUAAAUGCUUGAAGGCCCUGUCCACACGUAUCCGGAUAUUUUUUAGUCCGCACCUUUUUCUAACUGGAUACGACUUCCGUCCACACGUAUCGAUGAACACGGCAUACGAAUCCGCAACUUUUUGAAUCCGCUGUUCAGAGUAGAAAGGGGGAAUCCGGUUUUUUAAUCCGGAGGGAAAAAGUUGCUGAUUCAAACAUAUCCGGAUACGUGUGGACGGAGCCUAAGAUGCGCGAAAUUAAUAGCGUGCAAUGUUCGAAGUUGCACUUGUUUAAAUUUAAUUAUCCGAUUCAUUUAAAGGUCAGGGAAGGUAUUAAUUCAGUUUUAGGGUAAAUAUGGUGUUGAAUGCUUGAAUGUAAUAUGUUGCAAAACUAAAUGCUAAGAGCUAUAUGACAUGAUUUUCGAGUAUUAAAUAAAUCGCUUAUCUCAAUUAUCAUACCAAAACUAAAGACAAUAAAAGCGUGGAAAAACGAACAGAGAAAAUGUCAGCGCCUCCAGGUAUAAGACGAGCAUUUGCCGAUAGAUAUUUAGACUAUAUAAGAUAUACCAUGUAUAGUUUACUGAUUAAGACUACCUAAAGGUACCAAAGAUAAAAUCAAGUAUCAAACAACUCUUACCAAAUGGCCAUACCGCAAAAAAUUUAAAUACCAUAUAAAGUUUUGUUUCGGGUAGAUUAGGUGGCAUUUUCCUCCAGCUACUCCUUUCCUUUUCUAUGGUAUUUACUUGUGGAUAAUUCGUUAAGGAAAGCCGCAUUCUGAGAGCAAACUUUCUGAGAAAAUGGAACUCAGUGUACGACUCUUCAGUUCAAAUAUAUUUGCAUAGAGUACACGCUGUUUGUUUCGUCAACCUUUGUUUUUGAAUAGACCACGCACGCCCCUGCGCUUUUGGAGCAAAAUAUAUCAACCAAUAAUAGCGGUGAUGCAAAUUCCCCAAGGGGAGUUCUGAGGCCGCUCAAACGCUGACAUAGAUCUUUUUUGGCAAAAAAAAUACAUCAAUCCUCUGCCCCAUCCCCCACCCCUCUCCUUUCUCAUGAAUCCCACUUGUGCAUGUUUAGCAAAUAAAUAAGAAAUUGAAGCACUAUGUAACUCAACAUUAUUUGUUCUGUAGGGUCAAUUUCCAGUCCAGUUAGCCCGGUAAGUCUGAUACUUCGUCUUUACUUUCCUUUUAAAUAGUCCGGCAUAGAAUGUAUAAUGUUGUAGAAUUCCUUCUAAUAUUAAAAAUGUAAUUUAGUUAAUAAAUGCAAGCCUCCUAAUUAUUUGUCCAUCACCCUGACAAGUUGAAGCAAAUGAGAAGAAAAGAGAAAAAAAAAAGAAACAAAGAAAAAAAAGAAAAAGAAACAAAGAAACAAAGAAGAAAAAAGUGCUAGGACCCUUCCUUGAAAGUAGUAAAGUUGCUGAGUUCUCUUUCGGGGCUGCAACAUAGAGAAGUGGGUGCAUGGGGAAGGGGGGUGGUAGUAAAGAGAGAUGAACCCAAAGCCGGUGAACGGAUACAAAAUUACUUGGAAGGCCUUUUUGUUAGUUCCUCAUUGUGCAUCAGAGUAGUCUGAUAGAGCAAUUGCUGUUCAUUUUAGAUGAAUCGUCACUCGAUUCCUGUUUACACGGACGCUGCUCAUCUUACACCAUAUGGAGAUUUCAGCAUGCGAACAAAUAGCAUAGGUAUUCUUUCUAUUUGCUAUGUAUAUAUUUUUAAUGAUUCAACCUACAUGCAUGAUAAGUUCCGGUGAUGAAAUAACGUGACAUAGAUAAAAGAAAAGAAAUGUGAAAUGAUGUAACUGAGGAAGCAUGAAAAGUGCAUAACUCGUUUUGAUAAUGUUACCCUUAUUAAAAUGAUGUUAACAUACACGUGAGCAAAGAGUUUUACGGAGUGAAUGAUCCUGACUUCACACCAACCUUUUAUUUGGGUAGUGUGAUCUUCUGUAUCGGUCACGCGUUUGGAAAUCACUUAACAACAACAACAACAACAACGAUAUUGAGCAAAAAUAAAUUAUAAAUAACUUAAUGUUAACUAAAACAAAACAGAACAUAAUGCCUAUUUGUUACAUAAUGUUUAAAAAGCUUAUUUUUCCGUUUUAAUAGAUUUUCGAAUACCCAGUGAAAUCCAAGGUUUGGACUUAAAUUAGAUUUCUUCUUAUUUACUUUUUCCAAAGGAGAAUUAAUGUUUAUCUUCGUUAAGAGAGUAAAUUAAAAACGAUCAUAUGUUUUAGUUUGAUCAAUGCCUUUUCCUUAGAGCAUUAAGUUUGCCGGGAAAUGCCUGAUAGAUAUUUGAACUAAUGUAAGCUUCUUGAUGAGCUGUGCUCUAUGCUGAGCUUUUACGCAAAAUGCUCGUAAACUGCUACUUUAUUUUCCAAAUUAAGUUCGCGAACAUUAGAAAAAGCGUUAUUUUAAGAAAAAAAAACAAUUGAUUUCUACGAAUUAUUCACAAACGGAAACGGUUUUUUUUCGUAAUAUUUAUUUUGAAAUGCUCGAUCAAGCAAUUAACUAUCGUUUCUCUUACGAACGAAAGGUCUUUAGCAUCACAUUAUGGUUGAUGUUGUCAAAGUUGACAGCAGAAAACUACAAGGACAAAUACUAAUCUUAUAUCUUAUAUUAUUUAACGUUUCUUUCCUGAAUUGUCGAAUUAAAAUUCUAACCACAUUAAUAAUCGUUUGAUCGAUUUUUUAAAUUCUCUUUGCCAGUACCACUUAAGAAUUUUUCAAUGAUACUGAAGCCGUUUGUCAGCGCUUUGCUUAGCUUUGCUUAUCUGGCCGUUCAACUCGUUACAAUUCGUACGUAAGUUCUCCUUUUUUUAAAUCUGUUUUUUGUUUUUAGAAAACCCAGCCUACAGGAGGGCCUCAGAUGGAGUGGUACUAGGUCCCCAAUACAGGCAUGGCUCUCUGUACUCGGAUAGCUUUCCAUAUGGGGCCCCACCCAGGCCGCCACAAGGAAAAGGAGGUAGCUUGAACGGACAAGUCAACCCAGCCCUUUCGAUGGAUGACGACGUCAUCACUAUGAAUCCGCUAUAUGAAGGACAAGUUGUAGACCACAGGGAUCUUGACGAGCUUAACUGCAGUGAUUUUGCUGUUUACCCCGAGCAAAUUGUUCUUGAGGACCGCAAAAAUCCAUAUGGAGAGGGUAAUUUUCAAAAAAUAAUAUUCCUUAAUAUCAGAUUGUCUAUUCUAAUCAGUGCAGUUGCUGAUUGCACAAGUAAACGGCACGUGAAAAUGUUUACUCGAAAUGAGAGACAAUGAAAAUAUAGAUAUUUUUAACAGCAUGAAUUGAAAAUUGGUUCGAAAAAAAAAUCAUUGAAACUAAAACCUCAGGUGAAUAGGUAAUUCUUUACUUUUGAAUUUUGGUGACGUCAAGAAUACCUUUCAAUUUUAAAAAAUAAAAAUAAAUUGUUUGUUUGCUUUAAUAAUAUUAAUUAUGUAGUAGGGUAAAAAUUUAAAGUGGAAAGAGUUGAAAACUGAAGGGUUUGAACGUGGGAUAUAAAGACUGUAAUGAUUCCUGCGGUAAUUAGGGCGAUCAGGGUGAUUAACUACACAUGUCUUGCGGAAUGUGGUUUCAAUUACGUGAAUAUAGUGUCUGCUUUUACUUGAAUAUAACUUGAAUAGAAAUGAAGCCGAUAAAACCUUAUGGAACAAUAAUGAUAAUGAUAAUGUAAUGCUCAUGUUAAGCUAAAGCUAAUGAUAAUAACAAUAAUAAAAUACUUUUUUUUUUUUUUUGCAGAAUUUGACCAGACAUACGACUGUCCCGAGGAAAUCCUUAACUCCAAGGCAGGAGUUCCAGAACCAGUACCUGUUUUCUAUGUACUAGAUGACCCUUACCCAGAAAGCAUUUCAAGCACGUUUGGGCACGGAGAGAAUGUCAGGGGGCGCCCAGACGGAAACGUUUACGAUGAACCUGAGGUGAACCUCACCCCUGACGGAUCGUUUAUAGUUAUGGACAGUCCAAGUGGUAUGUCUUCCCUUUAAGGCCGAAGAGUGACCAAUAUCAAUUUUCUCCUUGAAAUAUCAAUGCAUGAUCAAGUGAAAAGGUUGUGAGAAUUUAUAAAAUGAUCACCAGAGGAAAACUGCCAUGUUCUUUUAUCAAUUUUUCUGAACUUUAAAGAAAUACGCGCAAGUAAUUCAUAAUCUCAUACAAAAAAAUUACCCUUUUUUUUACAGAAUGCAUCCUCAUCUCCUUUUAUUUAUUUAUUUUUUUUCCUUUGCCUAGCCGUCGCCUAUACUCGUGGAUAUGACGACCAACCACGUGGCGAAGACUUACAGAAUAGGCGUAGAAGUCAGGGUAUCUUGAAGGUUGGCUCAACGUCCCCAAGAGGCCAAGGUUAUUACUCCCAUUCAAGCAAUGCUCGAAAUUAG